AUGGUUGGAAGGGAAGAGCCGAUGAUGCCACUUCUUGGUCACAGCCCGGCAGGGAGCAGCUACGGUGGCUACCACGGGUCGUACCAAAGCCCAAACGACAUUCUACAAAGCUGGAACGCCUCUGCGCAGGAUGCCCUGGCCACGUCCACGAUGUCGGGCUUGUAUUCAUCCCCAGGUCAAGCGACUCAGCUCCAGACCCCGGUGUCGACGUCCAUGGGGUCUCGAGCAGGGGACAACCUGCAGGCCGGGGGCGACAUCCUCAUCGAAGUGCCGCAAACCAUCGUGAAGGAACGUCUCGUUGAGGUGCCGACUGUUUGCACGCAGGAGGUCGUUAGAGCUGUGCCGAAGCUCGAGGUGCAUGAAAUCAUCAAAGAGGUGCCAAAGAUAGAGUACCAGGUUUCGGAGCGAGUAGUAGAAGUUCCAGAGGUCCGCUACGUGGAGAAAAUUGUAGAGGUGCCGGAAGUGCACACUCAAGAGGUGGUUAGAACUGUUCCAAAAAUCGAGAUUCAGGAAGUUGUAAAGACCAUACCGAAAGUUCAGGUACAGGUGCAGGAGCGGAUCGUCGAGGUGCCAAAGGUUUGCACUGUGGAGAAAGUGGUCGAAGUGCCUCAAGUCCAGAUUCAAGAGGUUGUUCGAACAGUACCUCGCCUGGAGGUCCAGGAAGUUAUCCACGAGGUGCCAAAGGUGGAGAUUCGAACGGUGGAGAAGCUGGUGGAGGUACCACAGGUUGCACUGGUGGACAAGUUUGUAGAAGUGCCACAGGUGCAGGUGCAAGAAGUGGUCCGACAUGUGCCGAAAUUGGAGGUGCAUGAGGUAGUCCGUGAGGUGCCAAAGAUCCAAAUGGAGUACCGGGAAAGGAUUGUGGAGGUUCCGCAGGUGCACUUGCAGGAGCGACUGGUCGAAGUGCCGAAGGUUCAAGUCCAGGAGGUCGUGCGCACCGUGCCCAAGGUUGAAGUUCAGACCGUCGAUCGCAUCGUCGAGGUGCCACAGGUCCAGCUCGUCGAAAAGCUUGUGGAGGUGCCUAAAGUUGAGAUCCAAGAACGACUUCAUCACGUUCCAAAGAUCCACACGCAAGUCGUGGAGAAGCUGGUCGAAGUGCCACAGGUGCAGUAUGUUGACAAAGUCGUCGAGGUGCCGCAAGUACAAGUACAGGAAGUGGUCAGGCAUGUGCCGAAGAUUGAGACACAGGAGAUCGUGCGUACCGUGCCGAAGAUCGAAAUCAGAACGGUAGAGAAGAUCGUGGAGGUCCCACAAGUGCAGUACGUCGAGAAGAUCGUUGAAGUCCCGGAGAUUCGUGUCCAGGAGGUAGUGCGGCACGUGCCCAAGAUCGAAGUGCAGGAAAUCGUGCGGCAUGUUCCAAAAAUCGAGGUGAAGCUUGAGGAACGCAUCGUCGAGCACCCGCAGAUCCAUCAAGUGGAGAAGAUCGUGGAGGUGCCACAAACUGUGGUUCAAACGGUGGACAGGCACGUCCCAAAGAUCCAGGUGCAAGAGAUUGUGAAGCACAUUCCGAAGAUCGACGUUCGGGUGGAGGAGCGCAUCAUCGAAGUGCCGCAGAUACAGCAUGUCGAGAAGGUUGUGGAGGUGCCUCAGACCGUCGUGCAGGAGGUUGUGCGUCACGUGCCAAAGGUUCACGUGCAAGAGGUUGUGAGGCACGUUCCCAAGAUCGAUGUGCAGAUCCAGGAGAAGGUGAUCGAAGUCCCUCAAGUGCAAGUCGUCGAAAAGAUCAUUGAGGUCCCGCAGACACAGGUGCACGAGGUCGUCAAGCACGUGCCCAAGCUUCAUGUCCAGGAAGUGGUUCGGCACGUGCCGAAGGUUGAUGUGCAGGUCCGUGAGCGCGUCGUAGAGGUCCCCCACGUCCAGACAGUUGAGAAGAUCGUCGAGGUUCGCUUCGUGGCAACUUCGUGGCUUUGGACGGGACGCGUCAAGUAUUCUGCCGGCAUGAAAGGUGCAGGAGAAGGUGUGAGCCUCAAUUUCCUGCUGCUUCUUGAGUUCCGUGUUGUCGAGCACCCUGAGAUUCGAGUGCAGGAGGUUACCAAGCACGUGCCCAAGGUUGUUGAGGUCCAGGAGCUGGUCAGGAAUCGCCAGCGACUGGACUGGACUGGUGCUGACGUCUCCAUGGUGACUGCAGGCGGUUCUUUGGCAGCGUCGACCUUGCCUCCUCCUACUCCCGGUGCCGUUAACACCAGGUACUACCCUGUGGAUGGAGGAGUAUCUCCGUCUGCAAGAUCCGCAACGACUGUCGACUUCGGCAUGAUGGCAACCCCGGCGUCAACCAUGGGCGCCCCGGUUGAAGCAUCUGUCAUCGAGGUGCCGGCAAACCUUGUCAGCGUUUCCGGUGGUGGUUCGCAUGGGGCGCCUAUGAAUGCUGCUUGUGGCGGCUACGGUGGAGCGCUUCCGCCAGAUGCUGCCUACUGCAACGGAUGCGGAAACCAGGUACCAGGGGCUGUUCCUCCGCUGCUGCCUGGCUCCUCGCCGACGGUGUAUGGGCCAGCGACCAACUACAGCAGUGGUGGCACGCAGCUGCCAAACCUGACUGUUGGACCACUGAACCCAUUUCUCCGGUGA